AUGGCACUUGUACCCCUUGGCGACAGAAUUCUCGUCAAACGUUCAGAUAACGAUGAACAAACAACGAGCGGCGGGAUUAUCAUCCCCGACACCGCCAAAGAGAAACCGCAGGAAGGCGAAGUUGUUGCCGUUGGAAGCGGUAGACUUCUCGAUAGCGGGGACCGACAGCCCGUUGACGUGGGAGUAGGCGACCUCAUUCUUUUCGCCAAAUACGGCGGCACCGAAGUUACAUAUGAUAACACUGAAUAUCUCAUCUUGCGCGAAGAUGAUAUCUUAGCCAAGGUUAACUAA